AUGCCCGUCCUCUCCGCGCGCAGGAGGGGUUUGGCAGACACCGCGGCGUCGGGGCGGCAGAGCGGGAUGAGCCCCGCCGCCGGGUCGGGGCUCCACCUUUCGGCUGCGAUCGCCCCGCCUGCCGGGAACGCGCACCUGUCCGGUCUGGGAGCUUACGUGCGUCGCCACACGGCAAGGGGUGGGCCGGGCACGGGACGCCCCUUCGGCCCUCCCGGAACUAGUCUCCACGGCCGUGGAACCGACCGGGACGGAGAGGGCAGGUCCUCCAGAGCCUUCGAGUCGGGAGCUAGAGUGGCUCGGCCUCCAAGCUGGGUCGAGCCGCCGCAGGCGACGACGGCGUCACGCGAGGGGGCGGGGCCGCCACGGGCGGAGGCCAGAGCCGGAAGCGGAAGAGGCGUCCGGAGCGGGGAGUGGGGCCUAGCUGCAGACGGAGCCUGGGAGACUAUGCAUCACUGUAAGCGAUACCGCUCCCCUGAGCCAGACCCAUACCUGAGCUACCGAUGGAAGAGGAGGAGGUCUUACAGUCGGGAGCAUGAAGGGAGACUGCGAUACCCAUCCAGAAGGGAGCCUCCACCCCGGAGAUCUCGGUCCAGAAGCCAUGACCGCCUACCCUAUCAGAGGAGAUACCGGGAGCGUCGUGACAGUGAUACAUACCGGUGUGAAGAGCGGAGCCCAUCCUUCGGAGAGGACUGCUAUGGAUCUUCACGAUCACAUCAUCACCGGCGGUCACGGGAGAGGGGGCUCUACCGGACCCGCAAGCAUGCCCACCACUGCCACAAACGCCGCACCAGGUCUUGUAGCAGCGCCUCCUCGAGAAGCCAACAGAGCAGUAAGCGCAGCAGCCGGAGUGUGGAAGAUGACAAGGAGGGCCACCUGGUGUGCCGGAUCGGCGAUUGGCUCCAAGAGCGAUAUGAGAUCGUGGGGAACCUGGGCGAAGGCACCUUUGGCAAGGUGGUGGAGUGCUUGGACCAUGCCAGAGGGAAGUCUCAGGUUGCCCUGAAGAUCAUCCGCAACGUGGGCAAGUACCGGGAGGCUGCCCGGCUAGAAAUCAAUGUUCUUAAAAAAAUCAAGGAGAAGGACAAAGAGAAUAAGUUCCUGUGCGUCUUGAUGUCUGACUGGUUCAACUUCCACGGUCACAUGUGCAUCGCCUUUGAGCUCCUGGGCAAGAACACGUUUGAGUUCCUGAAGGAGAAUAACUUCCAGCCUUACCCCCUACCACAUGUCCGACAUAUGGCCUACCAGCUCUGCCACGCCCUUAGAUUUCUACAUGAGAACCAGCUGACCCACACAGACUUGAAGCCAGAGAACAUCCUGUUUGUGAAUUCUGAGUUCGAAACCCUCUACAAUGAGCACAAGAGCUGUGAGGAGAAGUCGGUGAAGAACACCAGCAUCCGAGUGGCUGACUUUGGCAGUGCCACCUUUGACCAUGAGCAUCAUACCACCAUUGUGGCCACCCGUCACUAUCGCCCGCCUGAGGUGAUCCUCGAGCUGGGCUGGGCACAGCCCUGUGACGUCUGGAGCAUCGGCUGCAUCCUGUUUGAGUACUACCGGGGCUUCACACUCUUCCAGACCCAUGAAAACCGAGAGCACUUGGUGAUGAUGGAGAAGAUCCUAGGACCCAUCCCAUCCCACAUGAUCCACCGUACCAGGAAGCAGAAAUAUUUCUACAAAGGGGGCCUGGUUUGGGAUGAGAACAGUUCUGAUGGCCGGUAUGUGAAGGAGAACUGCAAACCUCUGAAGAGUUACAUGCUCCAAGACUCCCUGGAACAUGUGCAGCUAUUUGACCUGAUGAGGCGGAUGUUAGAAUUUGACCCUGCCCAGCGCAUCACACUGGCGGAGGCCCUGCUUCACCCCUUCUUUGCUGGCCUGACCCCUGAGGAGCGGUCCUUACACACCAGCCGCAACCCAAGCAGAUGACAGGCGCAGGCCACCACACAGAGAUGGAGAGUGCGACUGGUCUGCCCAGCCCCUUUUCUCCAACCUCUACCACCGGGCCCCAGGGCCAGAGCCACCCAAUGAACAGUGCAAUGUGAAGGAAGGCGGGAGCCUGCAGGAGAGGAGACAUGGUGCCCAGCUGCCAGAAGCACAGAUUUGACCCAAGCUAUUUAUAUGUUGUAAAGUUAUAAUAAAGUGUUUCUUACUGUUUGUAA